CGGCUGAGGGGGACCUCGCUCAGCAUGCAGGCCUGGCUGCUCUGCGUCGUCAGCUGCCUGGGUGCGUCGAUGGGCGACGCCUACUUGAUCGAGCACCAACGACCGUCGUUCUGCGAGAGUCCUCCCAACAGCCCGGCGGACAGCGUACUGGAGACGGGCUCGUCGUUCCUCUGGUCGACGCGGCAGGAGCCCCCGUCGUACUUCUUCGGCACCAUCCACGUGCCGUACACGCGCGUCUGGGACCACGUGCCGGAGAACGCCAAGCAGGCAUUCGGCAACGCGGACAACGUGGUCUUCGAGCUGGACCUCAUGGACCCGGCCACCAUCUCGGCGCUGGCCACCUGCCAGAUGCUGCCCGAGGGACUCAGCCUCGUCGACGUCCUGCCCAGGGAUCUCUUCGAGCGUCUCAAGCGGCACCUCGACUACGUCAAGGUGAAGAUGUCGUCGUGGAUGACGGCGGACCAACGGGGCCAGGGCCUGUACGCCGACUACCUGUUCAACGCCAUCACGGGUGACUGGGAGCGCAAGCGGCCCAUCUGGGUCAUGCUCAUGGUCAACUCGCUCACCGAGAACGACGUGCGCUCCAGGGGCAUCCCCGUCCUGGACCUGUACCUGGCGCAGCAGGCAGAGCGCCUCGCCAAGCGCACGGGCGCCGUCGAGAGGGUCCACGAGCAGUGCCUGCCGCUCAACGGACUCAACUUCAGCCAGGUCCUGUUCGCCCUGGACCAGACGCUGCGGCAGCACGAGCACAUCCGACGCGGCGUGCACCGCGCCACGUACAGCGCCGACGAUCUGAUCCGGCACUACAACUGCGGCGACCUGGACUCCGUCGUCUUCUCCAGAGACUCUGCCCCGGUGCCUCGGCUGGCCAACAGUUCGGUGCGGCUGUCUGCCCGCGAGCUCCGCCUGGCGAGGGACAUCGACCGCUACUUCCGGGACGAGCUCAUCUACAAGCGGAACCAUCGGAUGGGGGACCGCGUGCUGCGACUGCUCAGGGAACACCCCGGACAGAGCUUCUUCUUCGCCUUCGGAGCAGGACAUUUCCUGGGCAACAACACGGUUCUGGACUUUGUCCGCCAAGGCGGCUUCAACAUCGAGCACAUCGUGGCCACACGCAGGAUACGAAUGUAA